UAACAGACUUUAGUUACAUAUAAACCUUAAAAUAUUCAAAAUGGAAACAUUUCAGGGAUACCAAAAGAACGUGGAAUGCAACGAUGAUGGAACACCGAUGCUUAACACACCAAACAAUGAAAAACUAUACGCAACAUUCAACGAUGUGACACUCAAAUUUAAUAAUGAAACACACGGGAAUGGUACGGUAUACGUAACAACAGGAAGACUUAUAUGGAUCGCAAGCCAAAAUAAAGACCUGUCAUAUGGAUUCCCGCUAAUAUCUAUGGUACUACACGCAAUAUCCAAGGAUAAAAAACUAUGCGAAACACCGUGUAUAUUCAUACAACUACAAGGUGAUGAUGAUGAAGGUGAUAUACCAGUAGUCAUAUUCGCACCGCAACAUCCAGAGAAUGUAGAAAUGCUGUUUGAUGCAAUAUCUAAAAUGAACGAGCUCAUAGAACCACCGGAACAAGAGUCGGAAGAUGAUUCGGAUAUUGAUGACGGUUUCGAUGAUGCAGAUGUGGAACAUUAAGUAAGCUGCAGUAAUAACUACACGGGUGGCCUAAAGUAAUAAUAAAUAUGGUUAUACGCACAACCUACAGCCAGUAGUCCAGUAUAUUGCUACGCUUGCGGUCACUACGCUGAAGAGAUUUGUACUCACGAGAUAUAACA